CUCCGCGCCGCCGCGCGCCGUGGGCCGGGCCGGGCCGGGCCGGGCCGGCUCGCUCGGCGCCGGGAUGAUGCGGCGGCGCUGCCGGGGCCGCGUCCUGGGCAUCGCGGUGGCCGUCGCGCACGGGCUCUUCUCGGGCUCGCUGAACGUGCUGCUCAAGUUCCUGCUCAGCCGCUUCCACUUCACCUUCCUGACGCUGGUGCAGUGCCUCACGAGCUCCACCGCCGCGCUCAGCCUGGAGCUGCUGCGGCGCCUCGGGCUGGUGGCCGUGCCGCCCUUCGGCCUGCGCCUGGCGCGCGCCUUCGCGGGGGUGGCCGCGCUCUCCACGCUGCAGUCCAGCCUCACGCUCUGGGCGCUGCGCGGCCUCAGCCUGCCCAUGUACGUGGUCUUCAAGCGCUGCCUGCCGCUGGUCACCAUGCUCGUCGGCGUCCUGGUGCUCAAGAACGGCGCGCCCUCGCCCGGCGUGCUGGCCGCCGUGCUCAUCACCACCUGCGGCGCCGCCCUGGCAGGAGCCGGCGACCUGACGGGCGACCCCAUGGGCUACGUGACGGGCGUGCUGGCCGUCCUGGUGCACGCCGCCUACCUGGUGCUCAUCCAGAAGGCGAGCGCGGACACCGAGCACGGGCCGCUCACCGCGCAGUACGCCAUCGCCGUGUCCGCCACCCCGCUGCUGCUGGUCUGCUCCUUCGCCAGCACCGACUCGAUCCGCGCCUGGACCUACCAGGGCUGGAAGGACCCGGCCAUGGUGUGCCUCUUCGUGGCCUGCGUCCUGAUCGGCUGCGCCAUGAACUUCACCACGCUCCACUGCACCUACAUCAACUCCGCGGUGACCACCAGCUUCGUGGGGGUGGUGAAGAGCAUCGCCACCAUCACGGUGGGCAUGGUGGCCUUCAGCGACGUGGAGCCCACCUCUCUGUUCAUUGCUGGCGUGGUGGUGAACACCCUGGGCUCCGUCAUCUACUGCGUGGCCAAGUUCCUGGAGACCCGAAAGCAAAGCGACUACGAGGACCUGGAGGCCACGCCGCUCCCCGAAGGAGAGGAGCAGCCGCCGGCAGGCCCGCCGCCAUUCGUCCUGGAGGAGCUGCCGGCAGGGGGUGGCAAUGACGGGUCGGAGGACGGGAAGGCAGCAGGUGGUACCAGUUCGCCAAGUAGGCGAGGGGCGAGGGGCAGCCCCAGCGGAGCUCCGCUGGGGGCUAGGAGCGCUCAGAGCUCAGAUGACAUGAGCAAGAGGUCCUUGAAGGAUGCGUAUCUCGACGUGUGGAGAUUAGUCAGGGGAACCAAAUACAUGAAGAAGGAUUAUUUGAUAGAAAACGAGGAAUUACCCAGCCCUUGAAAAGGCAAUGCAUGCAUGCAUAUGUGUACACACACUCAUUUUAUAUGUCAGAGAUAACAUGUUGCUGAGGGCCAGCCCCAGUUUACUUCUGUAGGGAGUGGGAAAGGGAAUCCAUGAAAGAACUUCAAAGGAACUGUCAACGAAAUUAGCAGCUGCUUGAAUUAUUUAGACCGUUUCUGGAGGCAUCAUACAGACAAAAGAAUGAGGUAGCGUUAAGCUUCAGGCUCCUGGCACAUUGACAUUUUGGUCAUGACUACAACCAAAUAUUUGCAUGUACCAAGGGUCCCUCAAUGAACCCUCUUCCAAAGAUGAAGUACAGAAUCCUCUCAAGGCCGAAAGGUACACGCAGGGCAUGUUUUGAUGAUUGUCACAAUUGCAGUUUUAAUGACCAUCAAGGCAAAAAGUAUUUACUGAAAGACGUCUAUAUACAUUGGAUUGGUGUUUACUGUUUAUAGGCAUUUGAAAUACCAUGUUUACUCUUUUAUUUACUUCUUUUCUCUCUCUUUUUUUUAUGCUAUUAAUAUAUACUGGUAGAAAAAUCUUAAAGUUGUUUUGAAAUAUGAGUUCCUAGCUUUAUCAUGAAGUGGAAAGUUGACUUUUGGUAAUUUAAAUAUAUUUUGAGAGUUGUUUUGCCUUGUGCUAUUUAUUAUAGAAUGGCAGUUUUUAAAAACCAGUUUUUCUUGUAUCUGAUAUUCUUUCAAGCAAGUUCAGUGGUGGAAAUUUCAUUUAUAGUGACUUGAAGAUCAAACAGAAGUGAGAUUGUCCUGUUAAGCAGUCCCUUCCACGUCUUACUGCACAUCUCAACUCAUGUUACAAAAAGAGUGACUAACUGCUAAUAUUCACAUUAUGAUAUUUUUCUAUCUGAGAUUUGUCAAAAUAAAGUAUGAGACUAUCUGCUACAAA